AUGUUCACAACCCUCACUCGACGAACAAUAUCACGUCCCCCAACCACCCUCAUCCCCAAAAGAGCAUUCCACAGCACCCCUUCCAACCUCGCCUCGCCGCUCGUCGACCGCGUAAACGCCGUCACAAUGGCCUCCUCAACCGGCACCCCCAAAGUGACCUCCCUAGUCGACCUCCCCUCCUCAGAAGCCAAAUGGGUAAAACUACAAAAAGCCACCUACAUCGACGCCAAAGGCAAAGAACGCAUCUGGGAGAUCGCCUCGAGGAAAACAACCGGCACCGCCGGCGUCGACGCCGUCGCAAUGGGCAACAUAAUCUACCACCCCACCAAGCCCCCCUCCACAAUCGUCGUAAUCCAAUUCCGGCCCCCAGUCAACAGCUUCACAGUAGAAUGGCCCGCCGGUCUAAUCGACGCCUCCGAAACCCCCGAGGAAGCCGCCGUACGCGAACUCUACGAGGAAACGGGGUACGCAGGAACCGUCGUUUCCACUUCACCCGCCGUAGCAGCGGAUCCGGGGAUGACGAGUGCGAAUCUGUGUUUGUGCAUGGUGGAGAUCCAUUUGAAGGAGGGGGAUCCGGAGCCGGAACAGCAUCUUGACGAGGGGGAGGAUAUCCAGAGGGUGAAUAUUCCGAUUAGUGAGUUGUAUGCGAGGUUGGAGGAGUUUGCGAAGGAGGGGUAUGUUAUUGCGGCGAAGUUGUAUCAUUGGGCGGCGGGUGCGCAGUAUGCGAUUGAUCAUCCCGAGUUGUUUGCGAAGGUAAAUAAGAAGGAGGAGUGA